GCAGAUGACAGCAUCAACACAACUAUUGAACGAGAUCCGAAGUCAACGAUGAUCUCCGAUCCCAGUGGGUUAGGCUUUCUCUUUUGAUUAAAUUCAGAAUUAACUGGUAAAAUUUACGGCUUGACCAUGACAAAUGUACCGGAUCGUCCCAUGCCACGGAUCAUACUCCUGCUCAGUGGGAAACGGAAAUGCGGUAAAGACUUUCUAGCGGAUGCGCUGCUGAAAAGGCUCGGCAUGGAAGAGGCACAGAUUAUACGCAUCUCGGAACCCAUCAAGCGACACUGGGCCGACUGGAAGGGGUUGCAUUUGGACGAGCUGCUCAGUGACGGUGCGUACAAGGAACGCUACCGGAAGGAGAUGAUCGAGUGGAGUGAUGCCCGUCGGCAGGAAGAUUACGGUGUGUUUUGCCGAGCGGCCUGCACCACCGUCGAUCGGCCUAUUUGCAUCGUGAGCGACAUACGGCGGAAGACGGACGUGCGCUACUUCCGGGAAACGUACGGUCCGGAACGGAUACGUACGGUGCGGAUUGAGGCGAGCGAAGCGAUACGCGCGGAACGCGGCUGGCAAUUUCAAACGGGCGUCGAUGAUGUACAGUCAGAAUGCGAUCUGGAUGAUUACGGUCCGUGGGAUCUGUUGGUGAGGAAUGAGCAGGCCGACGAUGUGGAAGGAUUGUUGGAGCGAUUGAUCAAGUUGGCAAGCAGCUGAGCGAGUAUUACACUUGGCAAAUCAAUCAUAAGGAUAUGUUUUCAUAAUAAUAUGGUUAAGGCGCACAGUUUAUUGGUAAAAGGAGAUAACUAUUAAAUUUUUUUCGGUUAUUACUACCUGUUGUCAUCGGGAGAGGUUGAAUUUAAUCGUCACUAAAAUGCGUGUUAAAGACAUCCAA